UAGCGAUCGGUGCGAACCGCGACUCUAAAAGCAGUUUGUGAGUGACAUGGUAGCAUUGGCAAGUGAAUUCAUUCAACGCCAGUCGUCUGGACAGAAAUGCAUCAAGAUGGUAGUAACGGACAGCAUAAAAAUCACUUUUACGGAAACACCAAUGGGUUCCCAAAAGAAGGCUUACAAUUUCGGGGCAGGAGCACAAUUUGCAACGGAGAUGGUAGCAGGGACAGCGAAGCGGAAAACGGCGGUUUUGAAACUUCAGGCGCAGGAGGGACAGACCAGCUGGAGGGAUCCGGGGCAGCUGAGAAUGACGCUCUUCACCUCAAGAGACGGGUGGGACUCUUCAGUGGGGUGGCUUUAAUCGUUGGAACAAUGAUAGGGUCCGGAAUUUUCGUUUCACCCUCAGGGCUUCUCGAGAGAACCGGCUCGAUUGGAAUGAGCUUCGUUAUAUGGAUGGCUUGCGGCUUCCUAUCAUUAUUGGGGGCUCUUGCCUACGCUGAAUUGGGCACCAUGAAUACAUCAUCCGGAGCAGAGUACGCGUACUUCAUGGAUGCAUUCGGAGCACCACCGGCGUUUCUCUUUUCAUGGGCCAGCACACUAGUUUUGAAACCAUCACAAAUGGCAAUUAUUUGUCUAAGCUUCGGAAAGUAUGCCGUCGAAGCUUUUGUAAGCGAAUGCGAACCACCUGACAUAGUUGUUAAAAUGGUAACACUAUUAACCCUGGUUGUGAUCUUGUAUGUGAAUUGCUAUAGCGUUAACUUAGCCACAAGUGUACAGAAUGUUUUCACAGCAGCCAAACUUGUAGCAAUACUUAUUGUUAUAUUAGGAGGAGCGUACAAGAUAAUCGAAGGUAACGUGCAACACCUUCAGCACCCAUUCAGAGGCACAAAAUACAAUUUAGGAAACAUCGCGACCGCUUUUUACACCGGUCUUUGGGCUUACGAUGGAUGGAAUAACCUGAAUUAUGUAACAGAAGAAAUCAAAAAUCCUUCAAAGUAA